AUGCAAAGCCUGAAAGAGGAAGCUGUGCCAAUAUCAGAUAUGAUUAUGCAGACCUCUCUUUCACCCACUUCCAUGCCAUGCCCUUUUCUGCAUGAUGGGGAAUUGGGAAGAAGGGAUUUGCUGAGGCACAAGUACAGUUGUGUCCCUUGCUUGGAGUUCAAGAAUGGGUUUUGCCCACAGGCUGAUGCCUGUGGCCAUUCACUUGGGAUUUUGGAGGAGAGGUUUCAUCCUAUGCUGUUCAGGACCAGAUACUGUUGGUACAUGACCACUUGCAAAAGACAAGAUUGGUCUUAUGCUCACAAGGAAGAGGAAAAAAGUUGCUCCAUUUGUGCCUUCUCUGAGUCUCUUAGACCAAGUAAAUCAAUUUCUACUGCUCUCAGCAUUGGGUCAUUUUGUGGUACUAAUGCUGGUGAAAAUGAUCAAUUUAUGACCUUUGAUGGACUUAGUGGGGAAAAAGUAAAUUUCACCACAACCAAUCUCCACAAUGAAAAUGGACUGCUUAGAACACUCAACUGUUCUUCAAUCACACUUCAUAGCUCACGGUGGGGUUUUAGCAACCAGCCUGAUUUUUCAUGGGUUUAUGGUCUGGUUGAAGAUGAUCAACCCAACUUGUUGGAGGACCAGAAUUAA